AUGAUUUUUAAAAAGAAAUUAUUUUCUUUAUAUAUUUUAUUUUUUGUAAUAAUAAUACUUUACCUGAAUUCUGGAUUAUUUUUAUUUUCCAAGUUUGACAGUAAAUGGGAAAUUUAUACCCAUCUCAGUUCCUCAUCAACAAAAACAGAAACAGAGACAGAAUUACAAACCAUACCAACACCAACAUCAACACCAACAUCAACACCAAUACCAACACCAACACCAACAUCAACAUCAACACCUACACCUACACCAACACAAACACCAACAUCAACAUCAACACCAACACCAACACCAACACCAACACCAACACCAACACCAACACCAACACCAACACCAACAUCAACAUCAACACCAACAACUACUCAAACGAAAACAGUUCCAUCAAACCCAAUAUCAACAAAUUAUAUGGAAGGUGUUUCAAAUUACCAUAAAAUUAGAUUUGUAUAUGAGGAUGAUAUAUUUUAUAGACCAAUGGUUGAUUAUUACACUCAAAUGAAUGAAAAUAGUCAAGUUUAUAUUUACAUUGAUGAACCAAAAAAUAAUAGGUCAAUGUAUUUUAGUGAAGAAUUUAUUAAGAUCCAUGCAACUGAAAUGGGAUAUAUAGAAAAAAAUAUACAAAUUGUUUAUAGUAUUGAAGAUGUUCCAAAUUAUUCUAUCAUUUUCAUAAUUCUACCAGAACGACAUCCAAAUGAUCCAAUUCAAUAUGAAAAAUCAAUUUACAGUUAUAUCGGAUACGAUAAUUUUAAAUCAAAAAGUUAUAAAAAUCUAAGAAUUUUCGGAAAAGUUUAUUUCUUUGGACAAUUUUCAAAUUUUCAAUUAUUUCAUUUAGGUUUAGAUGAAUUUUUAACACAUCAUAAACAAUACAGAGUAAUUAAUCAUCCAAUACAAAGACAAACUCGAAUUAUUCAUUUGGUUACAUUAUCAUCAAUAAAUCCAAAUUCAAAAUUGGUGAAUGUAAUUAAAAAUUUAGAAGAACUUCAAUUCCCAAAAUCAUUCGAUUGUCAAACUCAACGAUCACUAAUAAAUGAGUACCAAACUUCUGGUAUGUUUUCAGCACAUCAUCUAAGUUCCUAUAGAUUAUUAUUAACAAUGUUUGAUAAUAGAAUGUUUAUACCUAAUCAAGGUGGUUUUAAAUAUGGUUUAAUAAAUGAUUUAUAUCUACAAUUAUCACCUUGUGAUAAUAUUAAAAUUGAAAAUAAAGAUAAAAGAGAGAUAUUAGGUAUUAAAAACAAUCAAACUGAUAUUGAUUUAUUAUAUGCCACAAAGGAUACUGGUUAUAAGGGUCUUUUAAAUAAUUAUAUCCCACCUGAAGCAAGUUCCACAUUUGUUAAUGGAUACCAAGCACGGUCAUUUCUAUUAGAUUAUAUGGUUUCACCAACAUUCUCAUUACGAGAAUUUAUUGGAAAAACAACAAGACGAGUUUUUAAGGAAAAUUAUCAACCAAGAUGUAUAUCAAUUCAUGUUAGACAUGGUGAUAAAAUUAAAGAAUCAAAUAUUUUCCCUUUUAAAUAUUAUGCAGAUAUAUUACAAACUCUUUUAAAACAACAAAAAAUCGAAGGCUAUAAUAAAUUAAAUUAUAGAGCGUUUGAUGAAAUUACAGAAAUUUUCAUAAUGACAGAUGACCAAAUUUCAAUUAACGAAGCUUUAGAAUGGAAUAAAAAAACUAUGAAAGAAAAAUAUAAUAUACAUUGGGUUGAGGGUGUUGAUAGAAUGAAUUAUCAAGAUAUUGCUCAUUAUGCUUUUGAUCCGAAAUCAGACAGAAUCGAUCACGGUAUGCUUAUGCAUACUGAAGCUGUAAUUGCAUCUCGUUGUGAACUAUUCAUUGGUACAAUGUCUUCAAAUGUUGGUAGAGCAAUCAGUGAGUUACAAGGUGCUCAAUAUGAAUUUAAUGGUAAAAAUAUAAAAUAUGUUUCAUUAGAUAUGGAAUACUAUAAAGAUUUAUCCGUUGUACCAGUUUAUAAUGGUUUAAAAGGAUAUCGUUUAAUUAAAUAA